AUGGGUAUAGUUAAGAGAACUAAACCUUGUUCCAACUGUAAGCGAUCUAAGGUUAAAUGUACUUAUAUAGAUAGUCUACCGUGUGAAAGAUGUGUUAAACAGAAACAAGCUCAUCUUUGUGUUUUUGUACCCAAACUCCCUAGUUUGAAGUUCCAAGAUCCUUUACCUCCAUAUAGUCAAAUUAAUGAAUCAUCAACAGUACCUCCUGUUAAUACCCCAAAACCCAAUAACAUAGGUAAUUUGACAUCCAAAACCUCAGUUCCACCAACCAUACCGUCAGUGACUCCUUCAAUACCGUCAGUUCCACCUUCAAUACCGUCAGUGGCAUCAACAUUACCUCAAUCAUCGCAGAUUCCAAGUAUUCAAAACAUAACUCGACAAUCAACGCCCCAAAUCCCCUUUGGCUUAUCCCAGUAUGCCCACAAUGAAGGUGGGUGGAAGAAUGAAAUGUCGUCGAAGAUGAAUCUUUUUGAUAACAGAUUGAACGAUUUAAUGGAUGUGUUCACUAAAAGCCAAAAGGAAUUAUUACAACAACAAGAAAGACAUUACCAGGAAAUCAUGCAACAGAAUUCAGCCAACCAGAAUGCUUUGAAACGUCAGAUAAGUAACGAUAGCGAACAAAAUGAUGAGAAACGAAGGAAAUUCGACGUCUCAGAAGAUUUCAGAGAUAAUUUAUUAACAUUAAAUGAAGCUAAAUCUUUAUUUCAAUUCUUUGAUUCCAAUAUUACACCCCAGUUGUUUGGUUUUGAAAUUUCCAAGAUAUCUAUUGAUGAAAUAUGGAAAUCUUCUCCCAUUUUAAUCUGUGCCAUUUGUACCAUAUCAUCCAUACAUCAUCCAAAUUUCGAGUUAAGUACCAAAUCCAAAGAUUUAAUGGCUUGUCUUCAUAAGCUAUGUAGUGAUUUGUUAUUUCAACGACCUACGACGGAAAUAGAUGGGUUUAAUACCAUACUUGCUUUGAUUUUUUGUAGUUUUUGGUUAUCUGAUUCACAAAUGUUUACCGGUUUAGCCUUACAAAUAGCCAAAGAGAUUGGUUUAGAUCAACCAAAACGUAAUAAACUGGAUAAAUCUUUAAACUCACGUGAUCGGUUGAAAUUAUGGUAUUUGUUAUAUGUUUUAGAUGGACAACAAAGUUUGACUUAUAAUAGACAACCUUUAUUGAAUGCUGGAGAUUAUUCUAUCCAGCACAGUAGAAGCUUGUUACUCAGUAGGGAACAAGGGUCGAUUGAAGGUGUAAAUGAGAUUAAAGAGGAAGUCAAACCUGAGACUAAAGAAGAAGAAUAUUCAAGAUUUACUGAUAUGAGAUUGGUUUCUCAAGUAGAAUAUAACCAAGCAUUGAACGAAGUGUUUAAAGGUAAUGCUUGGGAACUCCUUGCUCCCUCAUCUUUGGGAAUACCGUCGAAAUCUAACUUAGAAUUAGAUAAAUGGAUGGUUUCAUGGACAGUUUUAUUGUCACCAAUGAAUCAAGGAGCGGUGUGGCCAUCCAAAUCAACAUUGAUUUAUUAUAACUUUGCCAAAAUGCAUAUAAACUCCCAAGCUGUUAGACAAUUACAAUCAGAUAAUCAGAAUAGUUUCCCUAAACUACAAGAAUUACCUGAUGAUUUUGGUCCACAGCCAGCAGUAGUUGAACUUGAAGAAAGUGAUAAUUGGGAAGAUGAUUCUGAUGAUGAAGAAGAGUUCAUUUCUCAAAAGCAACUCAUAGGUAAAGGCGGUAUGUUAGAUGACGCGGCCAUAGCUUUUAAUGCUGCUCAAACGGUGUUGAAUCUUGUUCUUAUUGAUAAGGAUAUUGUCAACAACUUGAAAUAUGUUCCCGUUCAUAUCCAUAUCAUGCUUUACUAUGCAGCUUUACUUCUAGUAGGGAACAAUAAUGUGGAAACUACUGGUACCAUGGACCAUUUUACCAAUCUUAUUACAAACUUAAGCACUGUUUGUUCAUUAAGGAAAUUGAUUAGUGAGAAUAAACCCGUGGAUAAAACCUUUGGUCGUAAGUUAUUGACGAGUCUUGAUGAUCUAAUCGAAGAGAAAAUGUCCACUAUCAAAAAGAGUAUCUUAGAAGCAGAUAUUGAAGAUAAGAAUGAAUUGCUUCAUAAGUUAAGUACACUUAGCGAACAAUCAUCUAAGAUAUUUGAAACGAGAAGUGAAAGUCCACCCAUUUACGCCUGGCCAGGUGCUAACCAUGGACAUCCAUCUCAACCAGAUCCUGAAAAUAUUUAG